AUGACUCGCCCGCGAUUGUACAAUACUCCCCAAGAAAAACUCGAAGCAACUCGUCGCUACCGAAAAACGUAUUAUGACAGGAACAGUGCUAUUAUCAGUUUAAAGCACAAACAAAAGUAUCGAGCACGACGGCAAGUCAAUAUUCAUUUCCUCGACCAUGCGAAUGCAGGCCCUCAGGAAACAGCAGACCCGGGAGGACCAAAAACAACGUCUCCGAGUUGCAGCCAACAUCGUCAUUCUGACUCCAGUCGGACGAAUACCAACAUCGCAGACGUAGAGGCUAUGCUGACCCGUCUUAUAAACGGCUCCUCUACAGAGCUUCUCGACCAGUUAGUCCAAGAUUUCAGAGGCACCGCAGCCGUCGAGCAUUGGAUUAAGUCCAUUGAGACUUUGCUGGCAGAUGUAGAUGCACUCAGACAGCGGGUUCAGGAGUAUCAUUGCGCCACUCUCCAAAGCCAUGGUGUGGGGAAGGAAAUACGUCAGGUGGAGUUCACUGCCGGAAGGGUCGCUGGUCUCACAAAAGCAUUGGAGGACAUCCUCAUGCGUGUUAUGGUUGACCCGCAUACCCUAUUUGACCACCACGCGCGAGGUGAGCUGCUGUAUCAGAACUCUCCCAAUAUCACCGCGUUAUAG